GUCUUCCCGAGUCUGUCCGUUUCUCUUGUCUCAACCCAGAACCCUUUGAUUGAUUGAUAUAGCUCUCUUCUCUUCCUCACGUGGACCUCUUACGAAAAUUCUCAACAAAUUUUAUCAAAUCCCCAGAUCUCGCUUUCAUUUUGGAGUUUUUAAAUUUAUUUGUUCCAGAUCCGUUCUUCUCCGAUUUUGCGGUCUACAAAAACCCUAGAUUUCUCCGCAAGAGCUUCUUCUCUUUUUAAUUCAAUCGCAAUUUUUGUCAAUACGUUAGGAAACAAUAGACGGUGUUCUUCUUAAAUUGCUGUACAAAUCUCUCCGUAGGCAGAUUUAGCGUUUUAGAGAUCCGUAAGAAGAAGAAGAAAAAGGUUUAGGGUUGUGAUGAUGAACAACAACAACAACAACAACAACAACCGAGGAGGAGGAAGGUACCCUCCAGGAAUUGGCGCUGGCCGUGGAGCCAUUAACCCUAACCCUAAUUUCCAGUCUCGCCAGGGUUACCAACAACAGCAGCAGCCUCAGCCACAGUACGUUCAGCGAGGAGGCGGUUACGGGCAGCAACAGCAGUUUCAGCAAGCCACGUCUCAGCCCCCGCGUCAAUACCAACAGCAACAUCAGUAUCAACAACAACAACAACAGCAACAGCAAUGGCUUCGAAGACCACCCCAGAUCUCUAGCGGUAACAGUAACGGCGAUGCUGUCGUAGAAGUUGAGAAAACUGUUCAGUCCGAAGCUGUCGACACAAAUUCGGAAGACUGGAAAGCAAGGCUAAAACUGCCAGCACCUGAUACUCGCUACAGAACUGAGGAUGUGACAGCCACUAAGGGAAAUGAGUUUGAAGAUUAUUUUCUGAAACGAGAGCUACUAAUGGGAAUCUAUGAGAAGGGUUUUGAAAGACCUUCUCCUAUUCAGGAAGAGAGUAUUCCCAUCGCCUUGACUGGUAGAGAUAUCCUUGCCCGUGCUAAGAACGGUACUGGCAAGACUGCCGCCUUUUGUAUUCCUGUCUUGGAAAAAAUUGACCAAGAUAACAACGUUAUUCAAGCUGUGAUAAUUGUGCCAACUCGAGAGUUAGCCCUUCAGACAUCACAGGUGUGUAAGGAGCUGGGGAAGCAUUUGAAUAUUCAAGUCAUGGUGACCACUGGAGGCACCAGUCUCAAAGAUGAUAUCAUGCGUUUGUAUCAGCCUGUCCAUUUGCUGGUUGGAACUCCUGGGAGGAUUCUGGAUCUCACCAAGAAAGGUGUUUGUGUUUUGAAAGAUUGUUCUGUGCUCGCUAUGGAUGAGGCUGAUAAGCUUUUAUCUCAUGAGUUCCAACCUUCAGUGGAACAUUUGAUCAGCUUUCUUCCCGAAAAUCGCCAGAUUUUGAUGUUCUCAGCCACGUUUCCUGUCACUGUCAAGUAUUUUAAGGAUCGAUUUUUGACGAAUCCUUACAUCAUUAAUCUCAUGGAUGAACUCACGCUCAAGGGUAUUACCCAAUUCUAUGCAUUUGUUGAAGAACGUCAGAAAAUUCAUUGCUUGAAUACACUAUUUUCCAAGCUGCAAAUUAACCAAUCGAUCAUAUUCUGCAAUUCCGUGAACCGUGUGGAGCUCUUGGCUAAGAAAAUUACAGAACUUGGGUAUUCUUGCUUUUACAUUCAUGCAAAGAUGCUUCAAGACCACCGAAACAGAGUGUUCCAUGACUUCCGCAAUGGUGCAUGCCGGAAUCUUGUGUGUACUGACCUGUUCACACGUGGGAUUGACAUUCAAGCAGUCAAUGUGGUGAUAAACUUUGAUUUCCCAAAGACUGCCGAAACAUAUCUUCACAGGGUUGGUCGGUCAGGAAGAUUUGGCCAUCUUGGUUUAGCUGUGAAUCUUAUCACCUAUGAGGACCGCUUUAACCUUUACCGGAUUGAGCAAGAGCUUGGAACGGAGAUCAAGCAAAUUCCUCCACAUAUCGACCAGGCAAUCUAUUGCCAAUAA